GCUGGCAGCGCGGCGCUUUUGGCGGCGGUUCCUGACGCCCGAGCGCCGCCAUCGGCGGCCGCCUCUGACGUUGCGGCGGAUUCCUUCGACGCCGUGAGGGACGCCGCCCGCCGCCGCGCGCUGGAGGCGGGGCCGCCGGGCCUAGACCUGCAGGCUGCCGGCCAGCACCUGCCCGAGGAGGUGAUGGCCGGCAGGUGGUGGGCGCUGUCGGGAGCGGCGCCCCCACGUGGGCAGCCAGAGUCCCUCUCGCCGCGCUACGUCACCGACACGCGGGUGGAGCAAGAGCUGGGGGAUGUGCGGCCCAGCUUCACCGCGAAUCUGGCCUGGCCCGCCGUCCCGCCGCCGUUCUUCCUCCCUCGCACGCAAUGA